AUUUGUAUUGGGUUCGCUACUGUCAUCGUGAUUCUGACUUUUAGCUUUAUUUCAUGGUUUUACAUUUAUCAUUUUGACGUGAAAGAGCCUGGUGAUCGUGGCAUCGCUAAAGAACAGGAAAAUGUAGCUUCGACUAACCAUACAUUUUUCGUCCUUACGAGCUACCUGGAUCAAGGCUCCACCAUACCAAAAUUUGGAGCAUUUCAAAUUUUUGUAGCAUUUUGGCUCUUUUUUACACUGAUAGUCACUACAAUCUACAGGUUAGAGCACAGAGUUGGAUAUUUAGGUGGACGGAUUUACUUGUAAAGCCGGACACAGUUUGAGGUACAUUGAGACGGAAUUUAACUGUGCCAACCUCAACUUUAAAAAGAAGAAUUUGAAAGUCAGGAACGUUCAAACCCCGUGGUGAAUUGUUUCUAUAUUUUUUAACCUUUUAAAACAACCUUUGUUUUCUCUAAAACAAUUAAAACAAAGUAAAAACAAACUAAAGAUUGUUAUUAACUUCAAGCUUCGAAAUUUUUAUUAAAUUUCCACAACGGAAAAGUUUUAACGCCUUAUGGAUUAUCCAUACUUCCUCCUUCAAAUUUGGCCAUGUUUUUUUCGAGUCAAUCCUUCUACCUAAAUAUCCAACUCUAUGGGUCCAAAAUGGUCGGAUUUCUCGCGUUCCCACUGUACGAGUCACUUCCACAAACGUAUCAUGACUUAGCGUAUUCCAACUUUAGCAUUGGUUUCGUCAAGGACGGCGAUUCUGCCCUCGACAUGUUCAAAGGAUCCAAACAUCACGUUUAUGUAAAAAUAACCAAGAAAAUGGACAUCAUUCCUCGUGAUACGUUGCAAUGUGUGGAGCGUAUCCUCAGCCAGACAAGAUAUGCUUGCAUAGCUUACACGAAUUCAAUGGAGUACAUAAAAAUGAAAAACUUCACUUCAUCGGAAGCAAGAAAGUUAAUCCGGGCCAGAGAGAGUACUUAUGACAUUUUUGUAGGUUUGGUUCUCCCAGGGGGAUCAAUUUUCAGGGAGGGCUUCGAUCGAAUGGUAGCAUUGACGAGAUCAUUUCAUUUUGCCGAAGUGUGGAAAAUCUUCGACCUGCAUGACAACGUGUAUCUGCCAAAGCGAGCUUGGUGGCUGGAAACGAAUCAUACUGAAAAGUUGACACCGACAUCAAAAACGGAAGGAAACGAUGACCUAACGCUGAAACAUAUCUCUGGAGCUUUUUACGUUCUUGCUGGUUGUUUGGGGCUCACCCUGCUUGUUUUUAUGAUGGAGGUGAUCACUUUUUGGUGGAACAAGAAGGCUGACAAAGUCAUUAGAGUGAUUCGGCAGAAGAAAUCUAACUGCGACGUCCAAAGAAUUAUGGUAAAUACACAAAAUACGUGAAUACAGAUAUGCGAUUACUUACAUAUGUACAUACAGUAAACCCAAUGCAUGCCUAUUAAUAAAGUUG